AUGAUCUCCGUAGGUGCUGUGUCUUACGGACUUCUUCUGCUGAGCGUUAGCGGCCUAACAGAUGCAUUUUUUGCUGCUGCGCAACAGCUCCAGCGGCAGCAUCCGCAAUUCGCCGUUGCCUGGAAUACAGGUAAGUGCACAGCAGAGGACUUCAUCAGAGGUGCGGACUCGAGUUCUCCCAGUUUCCUUCAAGAGGAAACACCUUCGUCCUCUUCGGAUGAGGAGUGCAUGCAGUUACUGUCGGAGCAAGACAGCAUCUUUGCUUCUGGGCUAGCCGAUGCGGCGGCUGAAGACGAGUAUGAUAGUGAGCAUACCACGGAUUCCUUAACAGCAGAGGAGGCCGUUGCUUUAGCGACACAAUUUCUUCAACGAAGACGUGCAGCUGGUGCUGCUGUUGAACUGAAAGCCAUGAAGAAGAGCAUGGCGCUGUUAAGCAAUGCAGCAAAAGACUCGACUGUCUUCGUUUUGGGGUUGGGAAUUCAUUUGCAUUCUAUUGCGAAGAUGGCUAAGAAUGUUAUUGUUGUGGAAACUGACUACAGCUUUUGCAGGGAGUUUCUUGGUUCGAAGUCAGGAGAGUGCGUCAUGCAGCAAAAUGUGCACAUAUACUGUCCGCAGCCUGCCUCCUCUAGGCCGAAGAAUGGAGCGGAGGCAAAUGAGGCGAAAGAAUCAUUUGAUGCCGCUGAGGAUCUUACUGACGAUGUUGAGUCCUUUGUGCUCCUACAACGGCUGUUUACUCCACCUGUGCACAGAUAUAAAUGGAUGAAUUAUGCAACAGAAAAGUGGGAGCUGCGGGACAACACGGCGCCGCUAACGCUUUGGAGUACAGUCUACGAGGCAGUGCAGCCGAUCGCCACCGAUGAAAGUGUCAAUCCGUGGAAACGCAAAGCCUUACUGACAUACUUGGAUGUGCAUGCGGAUGCAGCAGCGACAGGUUCUGAUGAGGAGUGGAAGAAUAUUACAUCCGCUUUAGAGUCUAUUCUGAAUAUUGCUGGCAAGGGAGAGAGAGCUGACAGUGUGCUUGAGCAGGCGAGGGAAUCUGCCCUCCGUUUGGCUUGGAAUGUUGCGAGCAUCUCUGGACUAGAAGCGUACUUUCAACUUAUGCUGGAUACCCUCUCAACCAUUCAAAGCGAAGGCAGAAUUUUAAUUCACGCGGUAAUUUGUCACUUAGUUGCCGAGACAGGACGUCUUACCGCAUCCUCGAACAUUUUGGACAAAGUGAAGGACGCAGUCGAAGAGGCCUGCGAGUUGGCUGAGGAGAACCCACAACUUCUCCUACCGGCCCUGCGUCUCAUCCUUGGAGGAAUGUACCGUGAAGAGAGCAUGGUUGACUGCUUGCGAAUUCUCGUGAAUUUGAAGCAGGGCAUUUCCGAUACUGACGUCUCCGCACUUGUGGAAGAAGCGGGAAAAUAA